GCCUUGACCGCAAUGAGGAGGCACGACCAUAAUCUAACAAAUGAGAGUUAAUUGCGCUGAAUUUGCAGGGAUCACUACAAUAAACCAUGCUUAUUACCUUCAUUGCUAUGUAGAAGGCAAGUCAUAUUCCUACUGCUGCAGCAAAAUCAAUGGGUAAACCCGUCUGCUUUUCUUAAACACCUCGAGUCGGACAGCGAUAGAGCGGGUCGCAAAGCAAGCUAACCACUUGCUAGCUUGGCAGCCAGGUAUCACUACAGGGGUCGAGUGGCACCCAGAUGGCGAUGACAGUGUUGGAAUAAAAACUUAUGUCAUUAAACUACUGGUUUCAUUCCACCAUGUAAAAAAAUGAAAGGAUCAACCUCAGAGUUCCUUUGUGUCGCUCAGCAACAGGUUCUGGAAUGUGCGUUGGAUCGGGCAGAGUACAUUGUGGAGAGUGCUCGUCAGCGGCCAGCCAAAAGGAGGAAUUCAGCUACUGGGAGGAAGUCUCUCUAUCACAAACUGUAUGAACUGUACACUGAAGAAUGUGAAAAAGAGCCAGAGCUAAAGAAACUGAGGAGAAAUGUAAAUCUACUGGAGAAGUUGGCCUCUCAAGAGUCAAUGUCCUGCCUUGUGGUCAAUCUGUAUCCUGGAAAUGAGGGCUACUCUCUGAUGCUCAGGGGGAAAAAUGGAUGUGACUCUGAAACAAUCCGGUUACCGUAUGAGGAAGGGGAGCUGUUGGAGUACUUGGAUGCUGAGGAAUUACCCCCUGUUCUGGUGGACCUCCUGGAGAAGUCACAGGUGAACAUAUUCCACUGUGGGUGUGUUAUUGCAGAGGUCAGGGACUACCGGCGGUCUGGGAACACUAAAAUGCCUACAUAUCAGAGCCGUCACAUCUUGCUACGGCCGACCAUGCAGACCCUGAUCUGUGACAUCCAUUCUAUGACAAGUGACAACCACAAAUGGACACAGGAUGACAAGUUGCAGCUGGAGAGUCAGCUGAUUUUGGCCACGGCUGAGCCCCUUUGCCUUGAGCCCUCCAUUUCUGUGACCUGCACUGUCAACCGCCUGCUCUACAACAAACAGAAGAUGAACACACGGUCCAUGAAAAGGUGCUUUAAGAGACAUUCCAGGGCUGCACUCAACAGACAGCAAGAGCUGGCCCACUCUCCGACACCCCCACAGCUGCGGCUUUUUGACUACCUGCAGAGGAGGAAGGAGCGGAAACCAGCGCCCUCUGUAGACCUGAAGAUCUCCAAGGCCGGAAACUGUGUGGACAUGUGGAAGCAGAGCGGCUGCCAGCUCAGCGCCCCGGCCCAAGUUGAUGUGGAGAAGUACGCAGUGGUGGAGAAAUCGAUAAAGCUGGAGGAGUCUCAGCCUUCUGUCUGGCCAGCGCAUGAAGUGAAAGAUGACUACAUUUUCGAAUCGGAGAUGGGCGGCCAGGUUCAGAAGACGAAACUCACCAUCUUUCAGUCUGUCGGGGACCCCCUUAUGUACGGGAUGAUUUACAGUACCAAGGACCCCAAAAGCGAGGAGGACGGGAGCAAUAUGCCUCUUGUCCAUCCCCCGUUCCUCAUUGGCUCAAAGAUUGAUGCCGACCGAUUCCUGAACCAGUAUAAAGAGGUGUACGAGCGAGAUGCAAAAUGUCCGGUGAAGAUGUCGCACAGCUCUGAGAGUGCAGGGAACCACAGCCACAUGUCCCCUGAGAGGGAGAUGGAGACGGACGGGUUGUCCACACUGGUCCAGUCCACGCAGGUGCUGGGGAAGGGUGUGAAGCACAGACCGGCACCCAUCAAACUGCCGGCAGGACCAGGCAGUAGCUCCUCAGGUAACCCUUUCAGCUCACAGCCAGCAACCAGUCACCUGAAGUCCACCACUCCACCACCCUCCAAGACCCCGUCCAUCUCCAGGAAACACUCCAUGGAUCUCAGCCAGGGCAGCCACCAGUCUCCAGUAGCACUCUCUCCAAUGGGCUCGUCCCAAAGAUCGGGGACCCCUAAACCGUCCACCCCUACCCCCACCAACACCCCUUGCUCCACACCCCUCCCUCCUGACAUCCAGACCUCCACGCCCACCGCCACCCCCUCGGCCACACCCACCCCUCAGGACACUGUCACGCCCCCUCAGUCUGCCCUGCUCACCCCAUUCGCCCCGCAGCAAAUGGCCCUGAGCCAGGCCCUGCCGGUCAUGACCAUCCCCCGGUCAACCAUGGUCACCUCCAUCUCAACCGGUAACUCCUCCUCGCAGGUCAUGACCAACACAGCGGGACUCAACUUCAUCAACGUGGUGGGCUCUGUCUGCAGUCCCCAGACCCUGAUGAGUGGCUCUAACCCCAUGCUGGGCUGCAGUCCAGGCACCAUCACCUCGGGGAUCAACCUGGGUGGGAUCCUGCCCCCAGGGGGUCUGAUGUCAGGGGCACUUCCUGCUAUGCAGUCUGCUGCACCAGCAGGGAGUCCAUUUGGUUUGAACAAUUCCCCAGGUCUCAGACCCUUGAAUCUCCUCCAGAUCCCCACCGGCCCUGUGAUCUUCAACUCCCUCCAGCACCAGCUCUCUCAGUUCUCCCCUCAGCAGCAAGGCAGCCAUUCUGCCACCUCCAGCCCCCAGCAGCAGGCGGAGCCAACAUCUGACCAGGGUGUGGGCGGGUCAGACCAGGGCCUGGCCAGUCAACAGACAGCAGUGAUCAACCUGACAGGAGUGGGUGGAUUCAUGUCUCCUCAAGCUGCAGUGCUGUCCCAGCUGGGCUGUGCCCCGGACAGAACCGGGCCUGGUCUGCCAGCGCCGGAGCUACAGCUCUCCUCUGCCUUACAGCUGCAGCACCAGCAGCAGAUACAAUUGCGAUUCUUGCAGCACCAAAUGCAGCAGCAAAUGGCUAUGGUGGCGGGGGAGGUUCAGCCAGCGCUGCCACGGCAACCUUCCGCCAGCCAACCAAGAAGUAAGAGGAAGCGCAGCACGCCGCAAGCCCUCUCCAGAUCAUAAACCUCACCAGGAGCCACCGUGAUUACUCAUCACUUUUUCCCCCAUUUCCCCUCCGAAGACUUUGAUCCAUACUCUCCUUCUCAUUAAUGUUGGCAUUAGCAGUUCACCACAUCAGCAGCUUGUAGACUCAGAGUUAUUAGAAUUUGUAGCUGUGAAGGGAUGUGGCCGCUGGGCUGGUGGACCAGCAGGCAGGAUGUUCACAUAAGGACUCCAAGGACGAAUAGGAAAUGAAAGGAUUGUAGUGUUAAGUAUCUUUUUUUUUUAAAUAUGGUUUCCUUAGGAUGUACGGUGUCCUUCAUUAAGGGGCUGUCACUCUUUUUCUCAGAAUACAGAGCUCUGACAGUGUUUUUCCCUGUACAGUUUUAGAAUCAAACACGCAUACAUGAUCUUAAUGAUGGUGCCAGAUUUCCUCCAGACCAGCCAAAGGGGGGUUGGCAAUAAGGAGCAGGGAUUUCUGCUGGACCUGCUCAAAUAAGGGGUCUGCUUUAACGUGCAAUGUGUGGAUUUUAUGUGUCUGUUUUAAAAGCAUAAUGUUUUAUUCACUCAUGCAAGCGUAGACUCAUAAGAGCCACGUGUGCAUCACCUUUUUUGGUUACAAAUGUGAAUUUUGUAAAGGCUCUUUGACAGCCAUUUUAUUGUGAUACGAGAGUUAAAUAUGUAUAUAUUGA